CUGUUCUUCUCUUUCCGUCGACGCGGGUGAGUGGCGCAGGUGGCCGGCGGGCAGGGAAGCGGCCGCGAUGGCCGGCGGGCGCGGUCAGACGCCAUGCUGAUGCCGGUGCCGGAGCUGACGCCGCCGGAGACGACGACGACGAGGGACUGGUCGGAGCUGCCGGUGGACGUUCUCUCGGUGGUCUUCGCCAAGCUCGGCGCCGCCGAGAUCCUCAUGGGCGCCGGCAUCGUGUGCAGCUCAUGGCUCCACGCGGCCAAGCUGCCUCACCUGUGGCGAUGCGUCGACAUACCGCAGGUGGUGCGCAACGAUGCAGUGUGUUGCGCAAUGGCGAAGGUGGCCGUGGAUCGCUCUGACGAGCGGCUUGAGGUGUUCAAGGCGAUGUAUUUUGUUGACGAUGAGCUUCUCAAGUAUAUAGGGCACAGGUCGCCCGGUCUGAAGAGCCUCUGCCUCGACUCAUGCUCCAUGGUCUCCAACACAGGACUCACCCAGCUGAUGGCCAUGACUCCACUGCUGGAGGACCUCGUGCUACGCGGCGGCCUUGAUUUGUCCGACGAAUUCGACGAUCCACUUGUGAUCCCAACGAUGCACCAGCUGCGGCAGAUCGCUCUUGGCAGCCUCUACAUCAGCAGGAAAACGCUGACGAAAUUUGUUGAUAGCUGCCCUCACCUGGAGCUUCUUGACGCAAGCGAGUGUGUCGCGGUUGACGUCGUCGACGACGCCCUUCGUGCCAAGUGUGCCAGGAUCAAGACGCUCAAGCUGCCCUCCUACUCUUCUGCUACUGAUGCUAUGGCUACACUUGAUCAGUUGUACUACCUUGCAGAUGAUGAUGAUGAGUUCUUCACAGCUUAUUAUUGACGACUUGGGUUAAUUUAAAGUUUUCUAUUUUUAGUAGUGCGAUGAUGACCAGAUAGGUCACGGCAUCAAGAGCAAGUUUAAUAGUAUAGCCCACUACUAGUUCCAAUUCAUCUAUAACCAAUCUAAUAGCUAAUUCAUACAAUA